GAGGGUGGUGUUUACUAGAGGAAUGUCACGAGACGACAAGGGCAGCUCGAAAACUAAAAUGGAGCACCUUCUCGCGGUUCCUCUGCAGCCGGCGAUCAAGAAUCCCGAAAUCAAGAGGACCCAGCUGUUCAUCAACAACGAAUAUGUGGACUCAGUCAGUGGGAAGACAUUUGACACUAUCAACCCCGUGAACGAACAAGUCAUCUGCCAGGUGCAAGAAGGGGACAAGGCGGACGUGGACUUAGCAGUGGCAGCUGCCAGGUUAGCCAUGAACCGAAAGUCCACUUGGAGGACCAUGAACCCGGCCGAUAGAGGGCAACUGCUGCACAAGAUAGCAGAUAUAAUCGAACGGAACACAGCCUACAUCGCUUCCCUAGAAGUGCUGGAUAAUGGGAAACCGUACGUCAUGGCGUUUCUCGAUGUCACAACUUGCGUUUCCUGGUUUAGAUACUACGCCGGAUACUGUGACAAAAUCGAGGGCCGCACUUUGGCCAUGGAAGAUGGGAAGAUGGGCUACACCAGGUACGAGCCAGUGGGAGUUGUGGGUGCCAUCACCCCCUGGAAUUUUCCCUUCCUGAUGACGUCACUGAAACUGAGCCAGUGUCUGGCAGCUGGGAAUGCGGUGGUGCUCAAGCCGCCCGAGCAGACUCCCUUGACGACGCUGCUGUUCGGAGACAUCGCCAUAGAGGCCGGAUUUCCACCAGGCGUCAUCAACAUCAUACCUGGUUACGGGCCGACCGCAGGCGCCGCAAUCUCGCACCAUCCAGACAUAAACAAAGUGGCUUUCACUGGAUCCACCGAGGUUGGCCAUCUGAUCCAAACUGCUUCUGGCGAGUCAAAUUUGAAACGAGUCACUCUAGAGCUGGGCGGUAAAUGCCCUUUGAUCAUCAGCAAAACUGCUGAUCUAGACAUCGUAGUACCAUUCGCUCAAAAUGCAUGUUAUGUUAACAUGGGUCAAACAUCUGUUAAGGUCUUAUUCGAGACUUAUGGUCGCACCAGAUGA